GAUACCUAUAUGAUCAGUUGACUAUAUUCAUGAAAACCCCAUGAUAUUCCUUAACUCUCUCACAUAUAAGUACAUAGAGAAUCACUACUGCGCUGUGGAAACUGCAAAGCAAAGCAGAGCCAUGGACGCAGACACCCCACUUCUGACCAAUAACCACAGCAGCCAGGAUGAAGAACAGAAACUCAGCACCGUUAAGAGGUUCGGAAACGAGUCGAAGAGGCUUUGGAAGCUCGCCGGCCCGGCAAUCUUCACCGCCAUAUGUCAGUACUCACUCGGUGCGCUCACUCAGACAUUUGCGGGUCUUGUCGGUGAGCUCGAUCUCGCCGCUGUGGCUGUCGAAAACUCGGUCAUCGCCGGGCUCGCCUUUGGCGUCAUGUUGGGAAUGGGAAGUGCAUUGGAGACUUUGUGUGGGCAAGCAUACGGUGCGGGGCAGAUAAGGAUGCUGGGGAUAUACAUGCAGAGAUCGUGGGUCAUUUUGUUGACUACUGCUUGUAUUUUGGUUCCCAUCUACGUUUGGUCUCCUCCCAUUCUUGAGCUCAUUGGGGAGACAACUGAGAUAUCUGAAGCCGCUGGAAAAUUUGCUUUGUGGAUGAUUCCACAAUUGUUCGCAUAUGCAAUGAAUUUUCCAAUCCAAAAGUUCCUACAAGCACAGAGAAAAGUCUUUGUCAUGGCAUGGAUAUCGGUUGUGGUGCUGGUGCUACAUAUAUUCUUUAGUUGGUUGCUUAUAUUCAAGCUUGGGUGGGGCCUAACUGGAGCAGCAGUCACUUUGAACACAUCAUGGUGGCUCAUAGUUAUUGCUCAAUUGCUCUACAUUUUCAUCACCAAGUCGGAUGGUGCUUGGGAUGGAUUCUCAUGGCUAGCAUUUGCAGACUUGUGGGGCUUUGUGAAGCUUUCACUGGCUUCUGCUGUAAUGUUAUGCUUGGAGUUUUGGUACUUGAUGGUACUGGUGGUGAUAACAGGCCGUUUGCCGAAUCCUCUAGUACCAGUUGACGCCAUAUCUAUCUGCAUGAACAUAAAUGGUUGGGAUGCAAUGAUUGCGCUUGGGUUCAAUGCUGCGAUAAGUGUAAGGGUAUCAAAUGAACUUGGAGCUGGCAAUGCUCGGGCUGCAAAGUUUUCGGUGCUGGUGGUUUCUAUCACAUCCGUUUCCAUAGGGGUUGUUUGCAUGGUUUUAGUAUUGGCAACAAGGGACUAUUUCCCUUACCUUUUCACCACCAGUGAAGCUGUUGGUAAGGAAACUACCAAACUUGCUCUCUUGCUGGGAGUCACAGUGCUUCUAAACAGCCUUCAACCAGUCUUAUCUGGUGUUGCCGUUGGAGCUGGAUGGCAAGCUAUUGUCGCUUACAUCAACAUCGGAUGCUACUACAUUGUGGGAUUGCCGGCUGGCAUAAUUCUGGGAUUCACAUUUGGUUUUGGAGCUGAGGGUAUUUGGUCAGGGAUGAUUGGCGGCAUUUGUCUGCAAACCAUAAUCUUGAUAGUAGUGACUUCAAGGACAAACUGGACCAAGGAAGCUGAACAAGCAGAGAGCCGCGUGAAGAGAUGGGGAGGAUCAACCGGAGAUCAUUGAUCUCAAUUCAGAAGCGUGACAUCGUUGUUCCGCUAAGCAAUUUUUUGUCUAGGUCUAUGCAGAAGUUUGAAAAGGAGUGGCAUACCCAUGUCAUCCAAUCAAGCUAAACACUUUCAUUAGGCCAUAUUUUUUUUUUUGGGUCAUUCAAUUUUAUGUUUCUUAACAAAAGGAAUGCACAUUGCAGUGUUAGGGCUAAGUAGAGAAAAAAUAAAAAAUAAAGAACCUGUAUAGCUCUUUGAGAGAGUUGAGCCUCCUAAUGCAAUAAACAUUGUAAUCCUGUA